UUUAAUAGUCUUUAAAGAGACUCAUUUCCUGACCUCUUCCAACUUCCUUGUUCAUUCCCUCCCUACUUUAUUAGAAAUAGAAUUCUAUAUAAAUCUGUGUAGUUGGGGUCCCAAAGUGCUUAACACACCAAAUUACCUUGAGAUACAAUUUUUCUAUAUCCUUUUUUUCAGUUUCGAUAUGGAGAAAUUUUGGAAAAUUGUCCUGUUUUCAUGCCUGGUGGUUUCUUUCUUGGCUUCAUCGUCUGCCCAAACCUGUCUUACCCAAACUUUUUCCAACAACAAGCAAUAUACCAACUGCAGCGAUCUUCCUGCCUUGAACUGUUUCCUCCACUGGACAUAUGAUCAAGCAAAUGGGACUCUUGAGAUUGCCUUUAGACACACCGGCACCACCUCAUCGCGAUGGUCAGCGUGGGCGAUCAAUCCCGAUGGACCAAGAAUGUUGGGUUCCCAGGCUUUGGUUGCCUUUGUCAACUCCAGUGGCGUCGCUCAAGCAUUCACAACAUCAAUUGAUACCAUGACCCCUUCCAUGCAAGAGAGUAGUUUGAGCUUUGGGGUUCCAAGCCUUUCAGCAACUUAGAAUAAUGAAAUGACGAUAUUUGCUGUUCUGAGAAUCUCCGAAAACUUGCUAUCUACCAGCCAGGUUUGGCAGGAAGGUCCUGUGAAUAGCGGCCAACUAGGGAUUCAUCCCACCACUGGAGCCAACGUUCAAUCCGUUGGAAGUAUCAAUUUCCUUACAGGACAAUCUGGUGGGAGUGCAUCAGGUUCAAGAACUAGACGAAGAAAUGUUCAUGGAGUACUGAACACUGUCAGCUGGGGAAUCUUAAUGCCUUUGGGAGCCAUAGCGGCUAGGUACAUGAGGGUGUUCAAGUCUGCUGACCCAGCAUGGUUUUAUCUCCAUGUUGCUUGCCAAUCCUCGGCCUAUGUCGUUGGUGUUGCAGGAUGGGCAACUGGUAUUAAGCUCGGGAGCGAUUCUGCUGGAGUCACACAGAAUCCCCACAGGAACAUUGGCAUUGUCCUCUUCUGCCUCGGAACUCUCCAGGUCUUUGCUUUGCUUCUGAGGCCGAAGAAGGAUCACAAAUACAGAUUCUAUUGGAACAUCUACCACCAUUCCAUUGGUUACACUGUCAUCAUCCUGAGCAUCAUCAACAUUUUCGAGGGUUUCGACAUCCUUCAACCUGAUGACAAAUGGAAGAGAAUUUACAUUGGCAUUCUCAUAUUUUUGGGCAUUAUCGCGACUUUGUUGGAAGCAUUCACUUGGUACAUUGUUCUCAGGAGGAGGAAGACAGGGUCUGAUAAGCACUCGCACAGCAUGAAUGGAGUCAAUGGAGUGAAUGUAUAUGGUGCCGGUGGACAGGGCGUGUAAAAAAUUUUUUGGUUAGAACUUAGGCUUUUUUCUAUUUAGUUUUUGUUCUUAGGUGUUACUAAUACCAUUGACAUUAUUUUUCUUUCUGUCAGUCUAUUACACCAUGAGCUUAAGGUGUUUUGGAUGACUCCCCUUUGUUAUUGCAGCAUAUUGUUUUUUUUUUUUUUUGUUGUCUUGUAGUUAUGUUGUGAUCUCUGAGUUA